UAUUCGAUGGUUGGCCUCAAAUGGAAGCUGUGGUUCCUACUAGUUCCCGCGUCACUCCCCGCACGUCUCCAGCUCCAUCUCCUCCUCCCCUCUAUAUUUUUUUCUCGAGUCACCGUCACGCGCGCACCGCCCACCUUCCCUCCUCACCCGCGCUCCACCUCCACCGAAACGUCCAUGGCGCCCACGCCUGCGCCGCCCACCAACACGUGGCCACACCACCGCCGCGCAUUCCUCCGGCCUCUGAUCCUCGCGCUCGCUACUGUCCAGCCGGCCUCUUCGCAGCUCCUCCAGCCGCCGCCCGGCGCCACCUUCUCCGGGGUGUUCUCGCCGCCGUCACCGCCCGCCGACGGUGGAGGAAGCGGCGGCGGCGGCGGUAGCGGAAGCUUUAGCCUCGCCACUUCUCUCCUCUUCGUCGGCCUGAUCGUCGCGCUCUUCCUGUUCGGCUUCUUCUCGGCCUACCUCCGCCGCUGCGCCAGCGCGCGCCGUGGAAGGGGCGCCGGCCUGAACGCCAGCGCGGCCGUCGCGGCCGCCGCGGCUGCCGCGUUCGAGUUGGCGGGGGCGAACGGCGGCGGCAGGAGGCGCGCCGCGGGGCUCGACGCUGUGGCGAUGGAGGCGCUGCCGGUGCUCACGUACGCCACGGCCCGGGCGGUCAAGGCCUGCCGCUGGGCGCUCGAGUGCGCGGUCUGCCUCGCCGAGUUCGGUGACGCCGGCGAGAAGCUCCGCCUCCUCCCCGGGUGCUGCCACGUCUUCCACGCCGCGUGCAUCGACGUGUGGCUGGCCGCGCACGUCACCUGCCCCGUCUGCCGCGCCGACCUCUCUGACCCGGCCGUCGCGGACGCCGGCCACGUCCUGGCCGCUGUCCUCGCUGCCCAGGCAGAAACGCCGACGGACACGAUUGUCAACGUCGAGCCAUCAGAAUCAACGCCAGGACAGGACUACACGUCGUCGGACCAGCAGGCAGAGACGGCCGAGGAGCGGGUGGACCGGUACACGCUGCAGCUGCCGGAGAGGCUCAAAAGGGAGAUCGAGGCGGCUAAGCGGCACCGCAGGGCGGUGAGUGAGGUGCCAGCGGCCGCGAGCUCAUCCAGCGGGCGUUGGACGUCGUCGGCGCUGCGGACAAUGUCAGCCGCGCGCCCGAGCCGGCGAUGGUCGGGGCUGUUCCGAGCAUUGUCGGGGUCGCGACGGAGCGAGCCGGACGGUCAUCGGAGGGUGGCGCCUUUGCAUACCAGCACCACUGGCGACGGGGAGGUGGAGGUGGUGGUGGUGCAGGACGACGCAGGGACACACAUGGAGAAGUACUACGCGCAUUGCCUCACGUUCGCUGGGUUCGUCAUCGACGGCGACGUGGCGGCCGGCGACUGGAACCCGGAGGUCUUCCAGGUCUCGACCGCCGUUCCGGCCACCACGGCGGCGUCACAGCGGUGAAGUGAAGCCAAGAAAAUGCAACCCGGAGGUCUUUUGCUAGUAUUAACUGUUCGUUUCAGCGAUCCUUUAGGGGUAGAGAGAUUGCACGUUGUUUGAUGAAUUUGACAGGGUCUGUACAUGUAGAGACAUAGUUGUCGGUGGAAGUGCUCUUUGUACAUAUGAUCAAGCCUUUGAUCAAUAACAGUUAAAGAUGACUGAGCUCAGAGUGCCUUA